UGUAUGGUACAACAAGAACAAUAAAAAAUUCCUUUUUUAUGUCUAAUUUACAAACAAUUCUGUUCGUCUUUUUUUUUGUUGUAGAUUCAACACGUUUAUUAUUUGCAACCUGGUGGAUAUUCAUCACAAUAUUGACCUCAUUUUAUACGGCAAAUUUAACAGCUUUUCUCACGCUAUCAAAGUUUACAUUGCCCUUUAAUACGGUCAACGAUAUAUUGAUGAAAAAUAAACAUUUCGUUUCACAUCGUGGUAGUGGUGUUGAGUAUGCUAUAACAACGACCAAUGAAAGUUUAUCGAUGCUUAGUCGUAUGGCUCAGCAAAAUUAUGCCGUCUUUACCGAUUACACUAAUGACACCUUGAAUUUGCACAACUAUGUCGAGAAGAAUGGUUAUGUAUUUGUGCGCGAUCGACCGGCCAUAACGCAUGCUCUCUAUUUGGAUUAUCGUUAUCGUAAAACUAUUAGUUUGACCAAUGAGAAGAUUCAUUGUCCAUUUGCCAAGGCCAAGGAGCCGUUUUUGAAAAAGAAACGUUCGUUUGCAUAUCCGAUCGGUAGCAAUUUGAGUGAUUUGUUUGAUCGAGAAUUACUCAGUCUCGUGGAAUCGGGCAUUAUAAAACAUCUUUCAGCUAAAGAUUUACCCAAUGCCGAAAUUUGUCCUCAAGAUUUGGGUGGCACUGAGAGACAAUUGCGUAAUGGUGAUCUUAUGAUGACCUAUUAUAUUAUGUUUGCUGGUUUUGCUACAGCUAUUGUUGUCUUUAGUACAGAACUUAUCUUUCGCUAUAUCAACAGUCGUCAUGAUUCACACAAUCAAUGGGCCACCCAUGGUGUGGGUCGUACACCGAAUGGUCAUCAAAUUAAACCACACAAAUGGUUUUGGCGUAAAAAUAGUUCGGAUAGUGCUAAGAGAUUGCUUAAUGGUUCGCAACCGAGUAAUAUUACCCCACCGCCACCUUAUCAAAGUAUUUUCAGUAGUAAGGGUCGUCAAGAUGUUAAGAAUAUGAAGCGUUGGCAUCAGGCGGCUAAUUUUGGUGCUAAUGGUAAUGGUGGCGGUUUUGGUGCAUUGAGACCGGCAAUAGCUGAUUCACAAUAUGGUGGCAUGGGUAUAACAUCAACAGGUCUAAGGAAAUUUAUAAAUGGUCGAGAAUAUAUGGUCUAUCGUACGCCCGAUGGUCAAAGUCAAUUGGUACCGGUUAGAGUGCCUUCAGCAGCUCUAUUUCAAUAUACUUACACUGAGUGAGCUAUUUUUUUUUGACAUGGAUUUGAAAAUUUUAAUUAUUUCAUUUUCAUUAUGUGUAUGUGUUUUAGAUUUUAGUGAAAAUAUUUUAUUAUAUCUAUCUUUUAAAUCAAUAAAGUUUACUCUUCAUAUAGUUGUGAUAAAAUCUAGUAUUUGCUUUAACGCACGCCCCUUAUUAUGUCAAUGAAAAAGUCUGAGUUCAUUUGUUUUAAUUGCGUUUGUAACUAAACAUCCAUAAUUAUAAUGUUAUUUUUUUUUUGGGUUUGUAACAAACAAAUAAUUGUUCGUUGUAUUGUUUGUA